GGAAGGAAGGAAGGAAGCAAGCAAGCAAGCAAGCAAGCGGGGAGUUGCCGCCUACCCUCGCCUGCCGCGCCCAACCCAGCCAGCCGAGACUCCGCUGCUUUCCCUAUGGCCGCGAGCGGGAGCUGAGUGGCGGAGCCCACACCCACCCACAAUAGCUUUUUUUUAAAAAAAACAAAAAACCGAGGACCGCGAAGAGAAAGAAAGAAAAACCGAGAGGAGGAAACGACCUCCCACACGUAACAAAACCUGCCCGCCCGAGCGACUCCCUCAGGGGACCCCUUGCCCGCCCGCCCGCCUCCUCUUGAUUCGACGUUCCUGUUGGUGGUGCAGCCGCCGCCCUCCCUCUUCCCUCUCUCUCUCUCUCUCUCUCCCCCUCCCCCUCCUUGGUGCGUUUCUUCGGGAGGAAACGGAGCGGCUGCCAGGCGCAGCGCGGGACGGACGGCGGCGGUGACGAGGCGACGGCGGCGGCGACAGCAGCAGCAGCAGGGGCUUCCUCCUCCCCCCUCCCGGUUUAUUUCUCUUUCUGUGUCCCCCCUCCACCCCUCCCCCGGUUUCCUCCUCUUCCUCUUCCUCCUCCUCUCUGCUUCCUCCCUCGACGCUGCCUCCUGCCCCGCUGGCUGGACUGACGGACUGAAUUGACUGGGAGGAGGAGGAAGGAGGAGAACCGGCGCCUCUCGGCGGGGGUCUUGCGAGGGGGUCGCCCGCCCGGCAGGGAGGGAGAAGGAGAGGAGGGCGUAUUGGCUGGGGGCGGCGGCGGCGGCCGUGGAUGAGCAACGACCGUCGAGGAAGGAAGAAAAAAGUGCGUCUUAUGGAGCAAAAAAUACGAUUUUUGAGCAUCUGAGAGGUGUUGUAGAAGCACACCUUUAGUACGGGAAGAUGAGUGAACUUGACCAGUUACGCCAGGAGGCGGAGCAACUGAAAAACCAAAUCAGAGAUGCUAGGAAAGCAUGUGCUGAUGCUACGCUGGCCCAGAUCACAGCCAACAUUGAUCCAGUGGGUCGUAUUCAGAUGCGCACUAGAAGAACACUGCGGGGACACUUGGCUAAAAUUUAUGCAAUGCACUGGGGCACUGAUUCCAGGCUUCUUGUUAGUGCAUCACAGGAUGGCAAGCUUAUCAUUUGGGACAGCUACACCACAAACAAGGUCCAUGCUAUUCCCCUGCGUUCAUCCUGGGUAAUGACCUGCGCAUAUGCUCCAUCUGGAAACUAUGUGGCCUGCGGUGGUCUUGAUAACAUUUGUUCCAUUUACAACCUGAAAACACGUGAAGGCAAUGUACGUGUAAGCCGUGAACUGGCUGGCCAUACAGGUUACUUGUCAUGUUGCCGUUUUGUGGAUGAUAAUCAAAUUGUUACCAGCUCUGGAGAUACUACUUGCGCCCUUUGGGACAUAGAAACAGGCCAGCAAACAACCACAUUUACUGGUCAUACCGGAGAUGUUAUGAGUCUGUCCCUCGCUCCUGAUUCCAAAUGUUUUGUUUCUGGUGCCUGUGAUGCCUCUGCAAAGCUGUGGGAUGUCCGAGAAGGGAUGUGCCGGCAAACCUUCACUGGCCAUGAAUCAGACAUCAAUGCCAUCUGUUUCUUCCCAAAUGGCAAUGCGUUUGCCACAGGCUCUGAUGAUGCCACAUGCCGGCUCUUUGAUCUCCGUGCUGACCAAGAGCUGAUGGUUUAUUCCCACGACAACAUAAUUUGUGGCAUCACCUCUGUAGCUUUCUCCAAGAGCGGCCGUCUCCUCCUAGCUGGCUAUGAUGACUUCAACUGCAAUGUGUGGGACACACUCAAAGCUGACAGAGCAGGCGUCCUAGCUGGCCAUGAUAACCGUGUCAGUUGCUUAGGUGUAACUGAUGAUGGCAUGGCGGUGGCAACAGGAUCAUGGGAUAGCUUCCUCAAGAUCUGGAACUAAAGUCUGCAGUGGACUCCACGCUGACUGGAAGACUUUUCCAACGGUUGAAAAUUUAAAAUAAUGUAUCCAAUCCAACCAUACUAACUUGGACACCCCCCCUUGCCUCCCCCCUCCCAUCUUACCCAGCCACCAAAGGGCAAGAUCUUUCACGUCUCCUACUGCUGAAAUGAAGAGCACAAUUAUCUCUAAAAGAAGAAUUUCUGUGGUUAUAUACAAAAUAGAAAAAGAAGUAAAAUUGUGCAUUCCUUUUGGGACCACCUUUCGUCUAGAAAACUAAAGGAAAAAAACACACUUUGUUUAAGCAUGUCCAGACAAAAAGAGAAAAAAAAUCAUUGUGAAGCAGACAACUUUUAACUUUCACUGUAGUUUAAAGAUUGCAAACCAUUGAUUUGGUUUUACUGACUUUAUGAGUUGGGGGUGGGAGGGCCUUGUUUUAUCUCACUUUCAAACUUUGAAGUCGUGUUUGUAGCAGGGUUGAUAUCUACUUUUUGUCCAUAUUUCCAUUUCUUUUUUUUCCCUUUCGUGCAAUUUGAUUUUAUGGUCAAUUGUUGAGCCAAGCCAAGACAAGGGAGUCCAAACCCAGAUACCUCUGGGAUUGUUAAUGCUGUAAAUUUAGUCCCUGAAGUCUUUUUAUUAUUAUUAUUAUUAUUAUUAUUAUUUCUGUCUUAGUGUCACAAAUUGUUGCACAAAUACUGCAUAUAUAGGAUAAUGUUAAGAUAACCAAGCACACGCUGUACAUGGUAUUGAAUGUUUUUUUAAAAUCACCUUUUAUGGGUAACAAAAUGCAAAAUCUAGUUUUUUCCACCCCACCUCACAUGUUAUUACUCUCUUAUUUUGGCAUAGUAUGGAUUUCUUAUGCCCACUUGGAAGGUGCUUCAUAGCCUAACACUACCCCAUAAUCUCAAUAAACAAACACGAUUCUGUGGAUUUGGGCUUUUUCUGGGGGGGGGGGAGGUGUUGAAAAGAGAAACCUGUUCAGCGCUUGGCUAUUCCAUCAAUUCUUUGUGUAUGAAACAAUGUACAAAUUAAUGUUUUUGGAAAUAAUGAUCUUUAAAGAACUUUCUAAGUUACACAAGAACAAUGGAAAGAGAGAAAAUUUGUUUUGGUUUGCCAUAUUGGGUUGGAUUACUCUUUAGAAUCGCAUGCUGUAGAAAUGCUCAAGUGCAUAUGAGACUAAUGUGUCCUUAUGUGUUUUCUUUCAAGAAAUAACCUGUUUUUUGUUUGUUUUUUAUUUGGGAAAAAAGCUGUAACCAUUGCUGAUCUCAUUUACUGUUGCUACUCUGUGCAUUAAAACAAAAGGAUGAAAAGUACUGAGCUAUGCACAUUCUGGAGUAGUGUGAUAGAUAAAUCACUAUUCUUAAUUUGAAAGGAAAAGGAAAAAAAAACCCCGACCACCUAUUUUAAACAAUCACUGUAGAUUUGAUUCUAGGGUGUGGAAGGGAGGGGAAUAACAUGCUUUUAAAUUCUAACAGCCUGUUGACUUUAGUCAAAGGAACCCUUUUUAUCAGGUUAGAUUUUCCUUCCCCCUAACAAGCAACCAUUCCUGGCUUUGUGUUUUGAAAAUGAAAGAAAAAUACAAAAAAACGAAAUAGCGUUUUGGGCAGCAAAUUACUCUGUCUAACGUUGUUCCUCUCUUUUUCACUGUACUGGAAUUCUCCCCCCACCCCUUUGCUACAGCAAUGGCUUUUAUCCAUUUUGGGGUGUGUCUCUUCCUCUCCCCACCCUCCCUCUGGCAACACUCUGUACAAAAUGUGCUGUAAUUGUGCGUUUUUAGGCCUGGAUUUGGCAUUUCAAAAAAAGAAAAAAUGAAGAAAAAACCCCCUCUUCUUCCCCUGCGCCCUCCCCCCUUUAUGGAACUAUUCUCAGUAGAGCUUUCUCCACACCCUUGUAUCCUUCACCUUUUGUAUUUAAUUUUAAAGUCAGUGUACUUCAAGAAAGCUGGAUGCAAGAUAGAUACUAUAUUAAAAUGUACUGUUAUUUAAGAUGUAAUAAAGCAGUUUGACAUGA